CGCCGGGUCCCAGGGGAGCGGGGAGCCCCAUGUACCCGGAACAGGGCACCGAGCAGGCCUGCUCUCCCUGCAGUUGACUGAAGAGGGUGAGCCGAGUUCCAGAGCCUCCAGGCGGGAUUUUGGGGCCGCCCGGCGGUGCAGCGGAUGGUCUGAGAGCCGCGCAGACAUGGCUCACCUCAGGGGAUUUGCCAACCAGCACUCUCGCGUGGACCCCGAGGAGCUCUUCACCAAGCUUGAUCGCAUCGGCAAGGGCUCGUUUGGGGAGGUGUACAAGGGCAUUGACAACCGCACCAAGGAGGUGGUGGCCAUCAAGAUCAUCGACCUGGAGGAGGCCGAGGACGAGAUCGAGGACAUCCAGCAGGAGAUCACGGUGCUCAGCCAGUGCGACAGCCCCUACGUCACACGUUACUUCGGCUCCUACCUGAAGAGCACGAAGCUGUGGAUCAUCAUGGAGUACCUGGGUGGUGGUUCCGCCUUGGACCUGCUUAAGCCGGGUCCCCUGGAGGAGACCUACAUCGCCACCAUCCUGCGAGAGAUCCUGAAGGGCCUGGAGUACCUGCACUCGGAGCGCAAGAUACACCGAGACAUCAAAGCUGCCAAUGUGCUGCUCUCAGAGCAGGGUGACGUGAAGCUGGCAGACUUCGGGGUGGCGGGGCAGCUCACGGACACGCAGAUCAAGAGGAACACGUUUGUGGGCACCCCCUUCUGGAUGGCGCCCGAGGUCAUCAAGCAGUCGGCCUAUGACUUCAAGGCCGACAUCUGGUCGCUGGGGAUCACGGCCAUCGAGCUGGCCAAGGGAGAGCCCCCCAACUCCGACCUCCACCCCAUGCGCGUCUUGUUCCUGAUCCCCAAGAACAGCCCACCCACGCUGGAGGGCCGCCACAGCAAGCCCUUCAGGGAGUUCGUGGAGGCGUGCCUCAACAAGGACCCCCGAUUCCGGCCCGCCGCCAAGGAGCUCCUGAAGCAUAGGUUCAUCACGCGCUAUACCAAGAAGACCUCCUUCCUCACUGAGCUCAUCGACCGCUACAAGCGCUGGAAGUCGGAGGGCCACGGCGAGGAGUCAAGCUCCGAGGACUCCGAUAUCGACGGAGACCCUGAGGACGGAGAGCAGGGCCCUGUCUGGACGUUCCCCCCCACCAUCCGGCCGAGCCCGCACGGCAAGCUGCACAAGGGGACGGCCCUGCACGGACCCCAGAAGUCAGCGGAGCCUGUCAAGAGGCAGCCGAGGUCCCAGUGCCUGUCCACGCUGGUCCGGCCCGUCUUUGGAGAGCUCAAGGAGAAGCACAAGCAGAGCGGCGGGGGCCUGGGGGCACUGGAGGAGCUGGAGAACGCCUUCAGCCUGGCUGAGGAGUCCUGCCCCGGCAUCUCGGACAAGCUGAUGGCUCAGCUGGUGGAGCGCGUGCAGAGGUUUUCACACAGCAGAAACCACCUGACGUCAACCCGCUGAAGCCGCUGCGGUUCGCACACAGGGGAGAGAGGG